AUGUCAACAGAUCAUCAAGAAGCAGAUAUUGAUUCUAUUGUCGAUAGAUUAUUAGAAGUAAGAGGUUCAAGACCUGGUAAACAAGUUACAUUAGCUGAACAUGAAAUUCGUUAUCUUUGUACUAAAGCUAGAGAAAUUUUUAUUCAACAACCAAUAUUAUUAGAAUUAGAAGCCCCAAUAAAGAUAUGUGGUGAUAUUCAUGGUCAAUAUUAUGAUCUAUUAAGAUUAUUCGAAUAUGGUGGUUUUCCACCUGAAGCAAAUUAUUUAUUCCUUGGAGAUUAUGUUGAUAGAGGUAAACAAAGUUUAGAAACUAUUUGUUUAUUAUUAGCUUAUAAAAUUAAAUAUCCAGAAAAUUUCUUUAUUUUAAGAGGUAAUCAUGAAUGUGCUUCAAUUAAUAGAAUUUAUGGUUUUUAUGAUGAAUGUAAAAGAAGAUAUAAUAUAAAAUUAUGGAAAACUUUUACUGAUUGUUUCAAUUGUUUACCAAUUGCUGCUAUUAUCGAUGAAAAAAUAUUUACAAUGCAUGGUGGCUUAUCUCCCGAUUUAAAUUCAAUGGAACAAAUAAGAAGGGUCAUGAGACCAACAGAUAUUCCUGAUGUAGGUUUAUUAUGUGAUUUAUUAUGGUCUGAUCCUGAUAAAGAUAUAACUGGUUGGUCCGAAAAUGAUCGUGGUGUCUCCUUUACUUUUGGUCCUGAUGUUGUUUCAAGAUUUUUACAAAAACAUGAUAUGGAUUUAAUUUGUAGAGCUCAUCAAGUUGUUGAAGAUGGUUAUGAAUUUUUUAGUAAAAGACAAUUGGUUACUUUAUUUUCUGCUCCAAAUUAUUGUGGUGAAUUUGAUAAUGCAGGUGCAAUGAUGAGUGUUGAUGAAAGUUUAUUAUGUUCAUUUCAAAUUUUAAAACCAGCUGAUAAGAAACCAAGAUAUCCACCAUCUCAAGUUGCAAAUAAUAGACCAGGUGCUCAACAAAGAAAACCCAAAAAGGCAAUCAAAUAG